GAGAAAGGACAGACGUCUGGACAACAGCUGUUCGGCGGGCAUGGGUCGCAACAAGGAGCUCAACAAGCUCCGGAAGAGGAAUAACUUGGAAAGAAAUGGAUCCUCAAGCAACGGGAGAUCAAGUGUGAUAGCGGCGACAUCCGAUACCGCCGGGGGCUCGGCUAGAGGCGAGGAGAAAAGGGGCAAUUUUCGCAAGCUGCUUACCUUUAUCGCGGCAUACCCCUUCGUCGCUAUCACGUUGGCCGCCGUGCUACCAAGAGCGGCUCUUCCAUCCAUGAAGUGGAUGCGGCUUAGGAGCGGCCUCAUGGGCCCGGUGGUUGAGGUUCACGAGGAAAAGCAGGUGUUGAUCGUGGGGUCCUUGGGCAGCGGGACCAGCGAGAUUUCGGCAGCACUUACGCGGCUGGGGUUGGAAGUGGGACACGAAACCUCCGACAGCAAGAAUGAGCGCUGCAGAGACGGGACAAUAUCAUGGGCGCAUGGCAUCCGCUUCUUAAGUGGAACUCCGAACUUGUCGUUGCUAUGCGCUGCUCCGCGGCGGCAAGCAUUCAGCAGCACCAUGUUCCAGCCGUCCUCAGAGUGCAGCUACCUUUUUAGGUCCUGGGAUCAGUGCUGGGUGGACGAGUGUAGGGAGGUGACAAAGCGGGAGUACGGCUGUGCUCUCCGGCAGCGGGCGACAGACGCAGAGGCCAAAGCUGAGAAAGAGUUGGAGGCAAGAGAACGGGGGAAACAGUCUCCGGCGACCUUGGGUCGGUCUUCAUCUAGGGGCAAGAGGCGGCGCAAGGAGCGAGACCAAUGGGAUAUGGAGGCGAUGAUAGAGUCAGGGGAUUGGCCAGAUGGAGAGUCGGCGUGGCAAGAGGGGGGAGAGGAAGCACAAGAAUGCGGCACGACCUUUCGACGGCACUUGCUCCAGGUGCGACACCCUCUCCAAACGAUUGCAUGGCUUGUCUACAAGUCGGCGGGUAAAAAUAAGGAGGGGGUGGGCAACGACUGCAGGGCCGGUCGGCAGCAUCUCAUUACCGCCUCCUCGCUGCUAACCAACAAAUUCAUCAGAACACAGCUUGGAGCUGGAGGAAACGGUGCCUUCUCUGACUUUGACUGGGCCAGGGUGGCCAAUUCCUGCGUAGAAACAUGGGCGUGGUACUGGGUCGUGUACAACCGGGCGAUGCUCCAGGGGGUGGAUAAGUGGUAUCGUGUGGAGGACACGCCUGCCAGCCAGAUUGCUGCUAUGGCUGGCUUUUCGAGCGUGACCAUAGCCGAGUCUCUCCAAAACUCCGAGUCAGCCCCUGACGAAGAAGCGGGGGUUGGACAAGUCAUGACCAGCAACCCAACAGGGUUCGAGGUCACAUGGGAAGAAAUCGCUUCCUUUCCAGGGGGGCUGCUUCAAGAGGUGUCUGAUCUCGCCGUGGAGCUAGGAUACGAAGCAGCCCCGGGAUUGGCGAGAGAGGCAGAGAAGACCUCCACUAUCGACGGAGGCAGUGGAGAGGGCGGAGUUCGGGACGGUGGAGCCAAGAGGGGCUGGAGAGGCCUUUUUGGCAAGCGAUGAAAGGCGCGAAAGAUCCAUUGCAUGAUCUGAUUGGUUGGUUUGUCGAUGAAUGGGCGAGGUUACGUGUCAGUGCUGGGUUCUGUUGUGUUUUGUUUUACUCUUCUAAUGCGUGGGAUUUGGCUUUCAAAUUAACGCCACGUUGUUCCAAUUAUCGUACCCUAUGAAGUAGGGGUUUCAUUAUGCUGCAGGGUUCUGUGACGUUGUCCGCAUUUCAUUUAUCGAUUGUGUUGCAAUGUGGUUAAUGCCAUGUAGGGACCUUGACAAACACAUAUAACAGGGUUUUCGCCUGAUUGAGAGCGGAGUAUACGAUUGAGAGCGGGAGCCAAAAAAAUUGAAAUUUCGGGUCCAGACGCCUCUUGCCAUUUCUUGGGAAGUAGGGGGCGGGCUCUUCCAAGAAGCGGCGCAAAUUGAAGGUCUCAUCAGCAGCGUCACGAGCAUAUGCGUGUCAUCGCGAUCGGAUGCUGCAGCUAGGAGCUAGACAAGUUGCUAGAUUUCCCCAGAUUGGCUAUUCCUGCCUCAAACUGUUUCAGGGCGAUUUGAUCGCGGGCGGUGAGCUCUGCUGUAGAUUCUGCUCCCCGCUGUAGCUCCACAACGAGAGACGCCCACAGGAUGACCAGGGUAUCGGCUUGUAGCUACGGGCUAGGCCUUCAAUUCAAGUCACGCAGCAAGCCCCACCUCUCAGCGGUAGUCCAGCUACAGCGCAUCGCGCAAUCUCGCUCUCAAUCAGAAACUUCGCUCUCAAUCACACGAAAACCUUUUUAUAUUUAUGUUUCCUGCUGAGGACCAUUGUAUAUCAAUGUUUGCGACAGGGUUUUCCUUGUGUGAAUGCUGCUGUUUCCCAUAUCGAUUGGUCUCACCAUCUAAGAGUCGAAAGAGUGGCACGUAGUGAGUCUGUACGUUAAGGAGGGGGACGGGGGGAGUGUAGGAGGAUGGAAAUACGGGGGCACUUCUGUACAUUGUGCUUCCCAAGAACCCCUUGCUUUGGUUCACACCAGGUGCUACAUGCUGCUGACGCCGGUGUUGUGUUUCUGAGGGUAACGUGAGUGUAUGCAGCAAAGGUUGAAACGCAUUCGGAUGUAAGGGUCUUUAAAGUUGAUUUUUAGGUGUUUGCGCGUGUUCGUGCUGUCGUCGUCGUUGUCCGUUUGUGUGGGUUGUUUUCGGCCCUGCAGGCUAUUCCCCUCUUGUCUUGCGCGUCUGUCAGUACCUUGACACCGAUCAAAAUGACAGCUUGACAUUGCUCGGCUGGGGAGAACGAGCCGCAUGUUGUAAUUUUCGGAACUGUUGUCUUGUUCCUGUUGUAAUAUUUCCGCCGAACGUUAGUUCAUACCGUAGUUGGGAUCGAUGACGCCUGUCUACCGCGAUCACCCAGAGCUUGCCACCCACCCUGCGUCGAUGCGUUGGUUGUUCACGUUGCAAUAUCGUCGCAGACUCCAACCGGGAUGGACCUUGUCGUUGUCAGCGUCAUCGCUAGCAAAUCGCGCAGGGAGGUCUGUUUUUCCCAGCCAUUUUCUGCUACAAUUGGGGUCUUGUUGCCGCGGCGUGCGUGGAAGGGACUUAACUGCCACUCUCUCAUCCAUCCAGUAAGCUUUCUCCCAACGCAGGGGAUACACUUCGUGUC